AUGCUUGCCUUGGGAGAGAUGUCAGCAAUGUUUCCAGUAAGUGGUUCAUUUUCUACGUAUUCUAAAAGAUUUGGAUCGGAUUCACUUGGGUUUGCUGUAUUAUCAAAUUAUUGGUUUAAUGAUGCAUGCAGUGUUGCUUCAGAUUUAGUCGCUUUGCAAUUAGUAUUUGACUAUUGGCAUGUUGAGCUGAUGCCAUGGUGGGGUAUUUCAUUAAUUUUCUGGUUUGCAUUGUUAUUUAUGAACUUAGGAUCGGUUUAUAUAUAUGGUGAAACUGAAUAUUUAUUAGCUGUUUUGAAAGUUGUAACUAUAAUUAUCUUUUUCAUAAUGGGUAUUAUUUGUAAUGCAGGACUAAAUGAUACAGGGCAUUACCUUGGUUUCAAAUAUUUUAACUAUAAAGAUGUACAUCAUGGUUUUAUAAAUGGAUUUCGUGGAUUCUCAUCAAUUUUUGUGACAACAGCUUUCAGUUUUGGUGGUCUUGAAAGUAUUACAUUAACAGCUGGAGAGACUUCGAAUCCAACUAGACAAAUUCCAAAAACUAUCAAAGCUGUAUUUUUAAGAAUCAUGAUUUUUUAUAUAUUUACUGCUUUGUUUAUUGGAAUAAAUGUUCCAUAUGAUUAUCCAAACCUUCUGACCAAAUCAGCAGCUACUUCACCAUUCACUAUUGUUUUUCAACAAGUUGGAGCCAGUGGAGGUGGUAGUUUUAUGAAUGCAGUUAUUUUGACUUCAAUUUUAUCUGCUGGUAAUCAUGCAUUAUAUGCUGGUUCAAGAUUAGCAUUCAAUUUAAGUACUCAAAAUUAUAUUCCCAAAAUAUUUGCUUAUACAAAUAGAUUUAAUGUUCCAUGGGUUGCAGUAUUUAUUACUUGGUUAAUUAGUGGAUUAUGUUUUGCAUCAGCUUUUGUAAAAUCUGGUGUUUUAUGGUCAUGGUUACAAUCUAUAGUUGGUUUAUCUAAUUUAAUUAGUUGGUGGGUUAUUGGAGUUAUUUCACUUAGAUUUAGAAGAGGUUUGAAAGUUCAAAAUAGAGAACAUGAAUUGAUUUUUAAAAAUUGGACUUAUCCUUAUGGUCCUUGGUUUGUUGUUAUAUUUGGUGGAUUUAUUAUAUUAGUACAAGGUUGGACUACUUUUAGUCCAUUUUCAGUUGCUGAUUUUUUUGAAUCUUAUUUAGAAUUAGGUGUAUUUCCAUUGUGCUUUAUACUUUGGUGGUUAAUAAAACGUGAUAAAUUCGUAAGAGCUAAAGAUAUGGAUUUUGAUACCGAUAGAUAUUAUCAAACCCAAGAAGAAUUAGAUGAAGCUGAAUAUGAAAAAUCAUUAAAAGGUUGGGCUAAAUUUAAAUACAAUUUUGUAGAUAAUUUUUUGUAA